GCUUUAAAAAUGGCCCAGAGUCUUCACUUUACAGAAGAGGUUCGAUCUACAAAAUGUCAUCUAGGUGAUUUUAAGGUUAAGAUAGAGUUUGACGACCUGAAGAAUAAGGCCCUUCAUACGUGCAGUUGCUUGAGUUCCCUUGUUAGUCAAAUUGAGAGUUUACUUUAAAUUUACCAUCAUCAUCUCCUGUUGUCUUGACUAUUGAAAAUCCUUGUGCAGGUCAACUUCUUAACCAUACGGGUAGGUUUUGAAAACUGGUAUUUAUAUUGACUGCUGCCUGUAUGCAUCUUUCUUAGCCAAAUUCUAAAUCAUUUUCAUGAUAUAACCAGCAAGGUAUCAGUUAUUUCAAUUAUAGUGUCCCAUAGUUGCAGUUCACAACUCAUGCUUAGUGGAAGUUUUCCUUUGGGUACUAUAAAGUGCUAAAUAUCAUCUCUGAAUGUAAAUGUCUACAGAAUUUGAAGCUCUUCUCCUUAUACAAUGAUAGCACUGGUCUCUAUUCGUCUUUUUUUUUUCUUUUUUUUUUCUCCCUCUGUAAAAACCAUGCUCGGAUGAUGUGGUAUUUAAUCAACCUUUUAAUCAUUUGCCUCAUUAAAUGGCCUGUCUCAUUAUCAGCCUUUUAAAACCAUUCUUUGUUGUUUGCUAGAAGGAUGAUAAGCUAUAUCUGUUGCUAGAAGAAUGACAGAAAGACCAGUUGUGGUGGAUGAAUCUCCAGUCCAUUUGCUUGGUUCUACAAAUAAGGCAGCGAAUGGGAUUAAGAAACCAGAAUGCUGCGAAAAAAUCUAGGUCCAGAAUGCUAUUUGACAGAUUAAUGGAAAAUGAAAAGAAUGAGGUUAUUGUUGUUGAUAACUACUUCACUGGCUCCAAGGACAAUCUUAAAAAAUGGAUUGGUCAUCCCAGAUUUGAGCUUAUUCGUCAUGUCACCAUUGCUAGAAGAGAUGAUUAAUUUCUUUUUUUCCAGGGGUCCAUUCAGAUGCAAUUGUCAUGAUCGAAACAGAAAGAGGAAGACUUUGAGAAAUACAAAGAUAAGUUGCCAGAUUGAUGCAGAGACAAUGAGUUUGGGUACAAGUACAAUGGCCAGCAGUGACUAAGUUCCGGAUGCAACUAGUGACCAUGAAAUUCGGAGGGAGUCUGUAGGAGAAGAAGGGAAUCCAGAUUCAAGCAGUGAUAGAGCAAUAGACUGAGUUUCAAUAUGUUAUUGCAUAUUUUUGUUAAGUGUUACUCUUGGUUGUCUUCAUUAGGUACUUGGUUUUGGGCAUAACUUAAUUUGUACUUCUUCUAAUUACCUAUACUGAUAGUGCAACAACUUAAUUACAUUGCAAUGAAAUAGAUGAGUUAAUGAACAA